UCAUUCUUCUCAGCUCAUCGCUUGAAAAAAAAAUGCACGUAGGUGAAGAGUCUCUGCAGUGCAUUUUUUUCCGGCUUUCACAUCAGCUCCGCUCAUCUUUCUCUCGUGUUUGGAAACCGAGCUCUCUCGACAUGAACGCGCGCGCGAUGUCUGUUUGCGCAGAAGUGAUCUUUCAUUCUCUUUUAAUCAAAUGAACCGAACCGCGCCGGCCAAUGUAGCCGUCUGCUGCUCACUUCUGCGUCUUGUUUGCGGGAUUGUUGUCUGAAAGCGUCUCCACAUCGGUCGGAUCAAAGAAGAGAUUCGGCUUGCUUUCCUCCUGGAGCGGGGGGUAAUAUGUCCAGACGCAAACAGACCAACCCUUUCAAAGUGAAUUGUAGGUAUCCCAGGGCCUUUUCACACGAUUGGGUUGUCCGGCCCGCAGCACACUUUUGAGAUGGAUGCUAGAGAGGACUUCAUUGAGGACGGGGAAUGCCAUAGCAACAACUCGCAGGAACCUGAAGAGCAAGAUAGCACAAGUGACGACGGUGAUAGUGAUUUUGAUAAAGACGACGACUCAAAUGCCUCUGCUGAUGACAGCAUGACGAGUAAUAAGAGCAGCCACGGCCCCAUACUACAUGAUGACGUCAAAGAGGAGAACGAGGAGGGGACAGACCAGGGGAGCAGUUUUGCAUGUCCUCUUUGUUCCCUGGAGUUCAGUAGCCCAGAUCAGCUCAUCGCACACGUCUACCAGCACACAGCUGUGGGUGGCAGUAAGAGUUAUAUCUGUCCUGUUUGUGGAAGAGCUCUCAGUUCUCCAGGCUCUCUUGGUCGCCAUCUUCUCAUCCAUUCAGAGGACCGACUGUCCAACUGUGCCGUAUGUGGGGCUCGCUUCACAGACACUAACAACUUCAACAGGGAAAAGUUGAAGGAGUUCCUCGACACAAGCAGUAUAGAGAUCAACAGUGAGGGCGAGGCCUGUGCCAUGUCCGACUCUUUACCCAGAAGCACUAUGACUAACCCAAACACAAAUCCUGGUCCUGGACUGACCUCAUUGCCAGAUGGUCUUCUCCCUUCUGCACCUCCUUUUCCCUCAUUCCCUGACAGCCUCAGUCCUCAAAGUACGGGACUUCCGCCUCUUCCAGACCUUAUGAACCCUAUGCCCGUGUACCCGGCUGGGGUUUUGUUGGUCUGCAACAGCUGUGUAGCCUACCAGCAGCUUGUGGAUGCCCAGUCGCCAUCCAUGCGGAAAUGGGCAAUCCGUAGGAAGAAUGAACCCGUAGAGGUGCGGAUGCAGCGGCUUGAACGGGAACGAACGGCCAAGAAGACCAAGCGGGCAUGUGAGACACCAGAUGAGCGGGAGAUACGCCGCUUACGAGACCGUGAGGCAAAGCGUAUGCAAAGGAUGCAGGAGACGGAUGAACAGCGGGCACGCCGUCUGCAGCGAGACCGCGAGGCCAUGCGACUCAAGCGGGCCAACGAGACGCCCGAGAAGAGGCAGGCAAGACUAAUCCGUGAGAGGGAGGCCAAGAGGCUAAAGCGGCGCUUGGAGAAGAUCGACCCAUCGCUGAGAAACCAGAUCGAGCAUGACCCUGCUGCGAUGGCUGCGCUCACUGCUGAUAUGAGUCUAUUCCAGUUUUCCUUUCCCAUGUCUGUCCCUUCCAUGGACAAUGGACUGUUUAUGAAGCUUCCCUAACAAGCACAGCUCCAAACACCUCUCAGCCCAACAAUUGAGAAGAAUUUGCCAUUCUUGAAGAAUAACCAUCUUGACCAAAGUUGUGAUGAGAAUGGUUAUGGUCUUGCAGUUUCAAGGAGGUGCUCACCCUGACAGCGAUUUGCAGUGACACAGGCACCAGAUGUCUUUCACUUUCAAAGACAGAUUUGAGGCAACACGAAAGACCAUGGGUUGCAAUGCAACAAUGUUGUCCAGAGUUCAACUUGAUGCAGACAGGCAGCAACACAAAUGGCGACUACCAGUGGGAGUGUAGACAAUGAAGUUCACAUGUUCUGCUGCCUGAUACACUUGGAUAUUGUAGUUGAGUACAGAAGUGGUCCUACAGGAUAGACCAGGCAAUUGCUUUGAACCACUAAGGGUGGCGGAUUUGAGUAGUCAACAGCAAGAAGAAAUAAACAUCCUGAAAACUAAAGCUAGGCAAAGAACUCCUCUAGGGGGCCUCAUCCCUUUAACUAUGAUCUCAGUGAAAAAUCAAAUGAAGAGUAGGCAUCAUGCAGAUAAUGUUCCCAUCUGGUAGUCAGAAGAGAAAAGAGAAGCCUGCGGCACCAGAGUCCCACAAUCACCAUCAGUCAAGUAGGAACACCUACUAGCGACCAAGACCAUGCCGACUUGCCAAGCUCCAAUGAUUUAAUUGCUGUCAGUGUGAACAACCCUUUAUGGAUUUCUGUAAAAUAUUACAUAAUUAACUGAACUUUUAUAAGAAAUUCUGACAUUCACUGAAGGGCAAACCCUCUCAGUAAGCAUGUUUCAGGAGACUUGUCUUUGUUUUCAAGGCUCAAACUUUUAACCGUCUUUCUUCGGAGCAGUGAGAUCCUUCCAGAACGAGGUUCUCUGUUUGCACACGGACCUACAGUGACAGGAGUGAGACGUGUAGCCACACUCCACACUCAGCCUACUGUUCAAAUUUGCCAGUCUAAAAGGUUGGAGUUUACCUGCAACUAUGGCUCACCUCCCAGAACCCAAGAUUGGGUCACUACUAGCUCAUACUCACAGAACCAACUACCUCACCAUGGGAUCUUUGCAUGGCCUAGUCACACCUGUGGCCUCGACCAGAACCACACGGGUUGUGCUGGUCUACAUACUGACUCAAUGUUCCCUAUGCCAUCACGCACUCUUGUCCAGGGGUCCACUAGUCCUGCUCCUGGAGGGUUCAUCCUCCAGAGUUCACCCCUGAACCAUCUAAUCAAGGUAUUCAGGGUUACUUGAAACCCCCAGGCAGGUGUGUUGGAGUAGAUUGGAGGUAAACUCUUCAUGUUGUUGGACACCCCUGGUAUAAUCAUUGCCCUACAUGUUCGCCAAAACAGCUACACUUUAUUUAAAUGGCAUUUAAGAGCCGCUGACCCAAAUGCUGAAAUCUAAGUGGGCUUGUGGUUUUUGCUUAUAUAGACCAUAAGUUGUCCUACUUGUCAAGAUUUACAAGGAUACCACCUUUGCAACCACUGUGUCCCUCAAUGCACCCUUUAGUUGAGCCCAACCUGGUGCAGACUUUGAAAACGGACUACUAACUGACAGUCUGUGUGGCAUUAUAUUACUUAAGAGUGAACUCCAUGAAAGACUUAAGGGUGCCAUUUGGGACAAGGCCUCAAUUGGAGACUUUGUCCUUUUUUAAAAGAGGAAGGUCAUUUCUGCGGAUGUACUGUUAAAUACUAAAAGCAUCCAUUUCAAAGCACAUUUA